AUGGAUCCGCCGACAAACGGCUCAAUGUCGAGACCCACCUCGAGACCCGCAUCGAGGCGGUCAAUGUCGUCCAGGAGUCGCGGGUCUUCUCCUCGUCUCCUCACCCCCAUCAACAUCGCCGCUACCACCGCCGCCAUGAGCGCCGUGGCCACCGCGUCGUCGCUUGCCGACACUUCGUCUACGCGAGACAUGCAGACAAAUACGUCACGACAAAAUAACGCACACGCGCCUCAACACGCAUCGUACGCCCUGAUCCCAACGCCCCCGCCGUCCGCGCACGGCACGUCUCCCGCCAACCCCACCACAGGACCCACGUUUGACCACGAAGGCACAGGAUCGAGCUCGGGCUCGGGUGUCCAGCAGCACACGCCCACAUCCGCCUCUUCGAUGAAUCAGAUCCCGAUGCCAUCGUCGACGCCCUUCGGCAACGAUGCGUCUUGGGCCAUGAAGCAGCAGCAGUCCUGUCCAGCCAUUGGCAUACCGCAGCUCCCGCCUUCGGUGCUCCAUGCGGCCCCUCAACACUUUGCGCAGAAUCCCCAUUCGCACCCGCACCCACCUUCGAAUGCAGGGAGCUCCGCGCCUUCUGCACCUCAAUCCUGGAAUCCCCAUGUCCAUGCCUCGGUCCCGGCCUUCCAGCGCGCGCAAGCCCCUACUCUGGUACCCUAUCAGCAUCCACAUCAACAACAAAUGCAACAACAGCAACAUCUGCAGCAACAGCAGCUGUAUUAUCAGCAGCAGUCCCAACAAUCGCACCCUGAGCAACCGCACACGCAGCAGGUUUCAUAUGACCCCUGGCUUAAUCACAUCAAUGCGCUCACAAAUUCGCGUUCGCAGUUGCAACCAUCACAUCCGUUCCAGCCUCCUCCGCACGCCCGCCCGCCGCAGUUGUUACCGAUCCAUACCCAACCCCAGCCCCAGCCGCGCCAGUCUCAACAUCAACAACACUCGCCGAUUCAACAACAGCAUCAACAACAGUAUCAGCAGCGUCAACAGCCCCAUGCACCAGGGCCACGCCAACGGCGCGCCUCAGGCCCCGCGUCUCUGCCUCUUGUUCCCGCGCCCGCCCGCCGAGCAUCGGGGCCUACGUUGCCAGCGGCAUCGUCGCCCGCACAUACGCCUAGGCCUGAGCCGGCUUCCGCCCCCGGCUCCGUAACGCUCUCGAGCGCAACGGCACGGUCACCACCUGCAUCUGGAACGGCGGCCGCGCCGCCGACGCCGACAUCGAGCACCAGCACCGCCGCCCCUUCCGCGUUGCCACCGGGCCACGGUCCCGGGGCCGGCGCCAGCGCACCGGCUCCGUACCGCCCGCCAACCCUCUCCGACCCGUCGCUCGUCACGUUCGACCUGCUCCAGCCGACGAAGGAUUUCCUCGAAAAGACGUGGGGCGCCACGGUGUCAUCCGUCAGCCGCGAGAUCACGGCGAUAACGACGUCGCACCGUGCGCUGGCGAAGGAGCGCGAGCGGCUGCUUGGGGUGUGCGAGCGGCUGGACGGGGAGCGGCGGCGGUUCGAGGAGGAAUGCAGGAGACUAAGGGAUGCGUGGAGUAGGAGCGAGGAGGGGAAGAGGCAGGCGGAGGAGGGCAUGAGAGGGUUGAUGGAUCAGCUGCGGAAGGGCGAGGAGGACAGGGAGAGGUUGGAGCGCGAGCUGGAGGUGAUGCGGGCGGUGGGCGCACAAUCGCCGAUGGAUUUGAGCUCUGUCUCGCCGGAGGUGUGGGCUGCAGCACGCGCGGUGGUUGCGAAAGAGGUGCCGCAGAAUCUGGUGAAGUUCGUCGAACAAGCGACAAGCGAACGCAGAGCACGUGUUCAAGCCCAGAUGGACCUCGUGGAAGCAAAAGACGUGCUCCAGCAGCUCUCGCGUACCUGCUCCUGCUCGGCGCGCGCGCUCAUCCCGGCUAUCCUGGACACGUCCACGGCGACCGCCUCUCCCACCCAGUUGCGCGCCGCGAUCGACACGGAUGCGGCGGCCAUCGACUCAACGCAGAGCCAUCCGAGCUCGCCCGCCACACGAGUCCGCAAAGCCGUGGAAGCCGAGGCCCAUGUUCGUGCGGAGCCAAGCGCUGCAGAAAUGAAGGGCGCCGGCGGCGUCAGCGAGCUGAACGACAGACCGCGGAAGAGGUCGCGCGUGGCUUUCGAGCACGGGGACCUCGCGAGCGACCGCGCGGUCGCCGCAUCUGCCUCUGUGCCCGCCUCCGCCGCCGUUUCCCCCGUCAUGCGCGCGCAGCCGGCAAGCUCAAGCCGCGCAGAGGAUGACGUAAAACCCGUCCUGGAUCCCGCCGCGGCGGCGUCGGCGGCGUCGCUGUCGCCCACCGGUGACGAAGCCCAGGUCGAGGCCGCGCUCGGAGCUAUGAUUGCGGAGCCUACGACUGCUGAAGCUGUCGUGCCCCUGCCGGACGGAGUGGGCCAGGACGCGGAGAUGGGCGAGGCGGACGAGGGAAACGCGAAUACCGGCGCUGCGACCCCCAGCUCGGUGGCCAGUCCGCGUACGCCGCGGCGCGUGCGGCUGGGCAUCAACCAUAUCGAUUUGGUCUAUGCGACUGUAGGAGAGCAGCUGAUGUGUCGGAUGUGUCUGCACCGCCGCCAGCACACGGACGCGAAGCUCCCCGUUGCCUCGUUCCCGCUGAACGCGUCGGGCAAGGACCUCAUCGGGCACUGCGAGGAGAGCCAUCCGGCGGCGUGCGAGUCGCUCGCGACGCUGCGCCCCGAAGAGGUGGCCGAGAUGCGCCAGCGGCUGGGCAAGAUGUGAAUGCGCGGCGCCCGCCGACGCGCCCAGAUCGCCUGAUCUCAUGC